AUGUCGGAUCUAAAUGCAACAAUUGCAACAGUACGAGAAUGGUAUCUCGUAACAGACCAAUUCUGGAAAAAGUUGCAAGAGAGUAUCAACUCUCUUUCAAAUCGAUUGUGUAGAAGAAAUGGCAAAGAAGGUGAUGGCUCAAGUCAAAAAUUUGCUGGUCAAACGUGUAAUACAAUACGAAAAUAUUGGUUGACUGGACGUAAUGUCAACUCUUCUGUCCGUUGGAUUAAUCCUAGUCCGAAUUCAGGAAAAGCGUUUCAAAUUUAUUGCGAUUUUGAGUCGUUUGGCGGUGGAUGGAAUCUUGCAUAUUCAAGUAGAGAUGAGAGCAGUGGCAAUAGCAACAACAUGCAGAAAGGCAGCAGAUCUACUGCUCACAUCACUAGUCUUGAUCCGGGAAACGCCAACAAACGCCUGGCAUACGAUGUCUUGAAAGCCAUAGAAAAUAGUCAAGAGGGAUACAGUCAGGUCAUGUUGACUGGUUACCAAGACUACCAAAAAAAAACAACCUUGAUUAAGAUGUAUUUCAACAACACAGCACAAUCUGGUCUAAACUUCAACGCGUUUGUAGAAGCAGGUUUUGCCGGUAGAACUGGAUGUUCAACGUACUCCUACUAUGGCACAGAACUUACCAGUCACAAACCCAUCGCUCUUAGCUGGAAUAGUAGAACGGCUUUUGUGGCUGGAGCAAUGUCUUCUGGUUGUGCUUGGUCUAAAGAAGUUUGGAAUGAGAUAGGCGGCAGUGGAGGACACAUUCUCGCCCCUGAAGAUUGGGACAAAGCUGAACUUUAUACCUCCCAAACUACAGAAAAAGGAGCGUGCAAACAUCGCGGUCUUUUCCACAUCUUCGUUCGCUAACUUGCGCAAUGACAAACAAUUACAGAGGUAGAGCACCUACAACUGAGAAAGCAUGUUUGACGUAAUACUUCUAGACUCAAAGAAGGAAGCAUAUUGUUGCACGUAGCUAGCACAAAAACAUAGUCAAACGCUAUAUCAACAUCUGUCGUUGAUACUACAGGUUCUUCAAUCAGUGCAUUCAAUCAAUAAAUAUUUGUUUG